AUUGCUUUCCCAUGAAAAAGGUGGCUUGGCAGAUCUUCAGAAGUUAAUGGUCUCCGGCUGGUUGGCUGGCUGCUGAAAAAGUGUCAACAGCGGACCAACAGCGCCCGUGGGCCAACAACUGUGGGAUGCCUCGGAAAAAGAAAAGUGCCCAGAGUCCCGCCCGAGCUCCAGGGCUGUCUACUGAGCGCGGAGUCAACUGGAACAGCGGUAAAUCCGUGGCGGACCAAGCCAUGGCAAGGAAUGAAACUAAAAACAGCAAUAAUGUGGGUGCUGGCCAGUCAACAAACGUACAAUUUUCAGGGAAAGAAGAGAUCGUAAAUAAGAUGCAAGAAAUGUUCUCUCACUUGGAACCCGAAGUGAUUUACCUUGUGCUGAACGAGUGUGAUUUCCGAGUGGAGCAUGCAAUGGACUCUCUGCUGGAGCUCUCUGUGGCUGCUGACGGAACAGCUCCAGGACCUGCUGUAGUCUCAGGGUUCGAGUUGGCGGCAGCACUCCUGUACGACAAACCCCAGCAGAACGAGCCCAGUGCAGAGGCCACAGCUGCCAAUGGACCCCCGGUACUGGGCGGCAAAAGAGAGGAAGGAGAGGAGACGGGGAAUCGCCUGACAGCAGAAUUCGACACACUCAUCGACAGAGAGAUGGAGAGCCUCUCCUCGCAGCCGCCACUGUUCGGCAGUGUGCUUCCGCCGAUCCCCCAAGACGCAGUGCCCAGCCAGGCUCUGCCUGAGUUGCUCCAGUCCAGUGUGGGGCAGGAUCAGAGGCCUGGGCUAGGCCAGCAGGUUCAGGCCGAGGGGGGGAGCAGGGGCUCCAGGACCCUCUCCCCACUGAGCGGACUGAGCUUCUCUGGGCCCCCCCUCCACCAGGAGGGACCAGGACUGUUGGAUUUCAGCCACCUAACCACAGACUCGGCCAGCCGGAAUCCCACACUCGACCUGGGCAGCCUUGGACGCCCUUCUGCCUUCCAGGCCUACAAGAAGAGCCCCAAGACCAGAGGGACCGAGGGUGGCCAGGCCACCCCCAGCACCUGCGGGGACGUGGCAUUACCCAAACCAGGGAACGGGUCAUCCUUGGGGCCGAGCGCAGAGGGGAAGGAGCCUCUGGCGACCCCAUCUCUGUUCUGGAACAUGCAGGCCCCAGAGUUCCAGCCCCAAAACCCAGGACCAGCUUUCAUCACCCCUGUGGUGUUGAACCCCAUGCCCUGGGGCUCUCAACCUGUGCAUCACUGGUUCAGCCCUGUCCCCGUGCAGCAAGCACCUCUGAAACCCGCCGCUACCAUCCCUAAAUCAUGGGCCCUGCCAGCGCCCUCCAGACCCCUGGUCCCCCUCAGGAGCACCCGGUUGGAGGGGAAGGUGCUGGUGCUCUUGAGAGGAGCUCCAGGAGCAGGAAAAUCCACUAUGGCCAGGAGUCUCCUUAUUCAGAACCCUGGGGGUGUGGUGUUGUGUUCAGAUGAGUUCUUCAUUCAAGACGGACACUACCGCUAUAACCCAGCUCUGCUAGGGGAAGCACAUGAGUGGAAUCACUGCAGGGCCAAGGAGGCUUUUGAAAAAAACAUGUCCCCUAUCAUCAUUGACAACACUAACAUGCAGUGUUGGGAGAUGAAGCCAUAUGUGGCUCUGGCAAAGAAGCACAACUACAAGGUGAUGUUUCGGGAACCGGAUACUUGGUGGAAAUUCAAGCCCAGAGAGCUUGAAAGACGCACCAAGCACGGGGUGUCCAAGGAGAAGAUCAGACGCAUGCUCGAGCGCUAUGAGCGCCAUGUCUCUGUAGACUCUGUCAUGCACUCCUUCGACAAGCGGCCAGAGCUGAGCGACAACAACAGCAUGGCCCUCCCCCUGCCAGAGACCAGCCUAUCACAGCCUUUACCGUCUGAGGUGAAGCCCGACCUGGUGGAAGAGCCCUAUUUGAGCCUGGGCUUAGCCCAGGGCUAUGGCCACGCCUACAGCCAUGCCCAGCUCUUCUCCUCCCUCCCCGACGUGUCAUCGGUGGGAAGAGGCUCAGCCAGAGAGCAGAGUCUGGGAGCAGGGGACAGCAGCAGAAGCAGCAGCCUCCAGGGCUUCAAUGUUUCGCUCCCCCCGCAAGAGCUGUUGGAUGCCAGCGCGCUGGACUGGGAGCUGGACACUCUCCCCACUCCCGAGUGUAACACCCAGGCUCCGGAGGGGGAGAGGACCCCAGAAUUCAGCGGGCAGAACCAGGACCGUGCAGAUGAACAGCCGGCGGCCUUCUCUGAGUCCAUCAGCCAGAGGGUGAGACGUGACCGGACACGACCGAGGCAGACCGAUGCCGGGAACGAGGACGGAGUUCAGCAGUCGAGCGGUAAUGACACACUCCCGGGAAAUGACAGCCAGUGUGAGUGGGAGGAGGAAGUUCCCGGAGUUAAGGCGGUCGGGUGCGACCGCGUGAGGCCGGAGCUGUUGGACUUUGUCGGGGACUGGCCUUCUGAAGGGAUGGAGCAGCGGGAGCAGAGGCUGAGGGCUGGGCGGGGGAAGGGGAUGCAGCUGGACGGGAAGAGCUCAGCAGAGCAGGACGGAAUCCCAAGAGCCAAAAUGGCAGAAGGAGCCGAACGAAACAAGUCAGAGUUCCAGAAACUACUGGACCUGUUACAAAUUGGCACCAGUUUGUCGCAGAAGGAAAGCAGCCCUUCUGUCAGCUCCCCUAUAGAUUUUAUGCUACACUCUAGCACUGAAGACCUAAGUAAAGACCCUGAACACGGCUUCCAGGGGAGCCAAAGCCCAGCUCCAUCCAGCACAGAGGGGUUGGAUCAGAAGGCUGGGAGGGACACCAGGCCAGAAAUACUGGACUGCGUUGCAGACUGGACACUCUCUGACAUCACACCUGUUAGGGAUGCCCCACAGAUCCUAGCAAUGGAGACUCCUCCCCCUUCUCCUGCCCGAACUGCUAUCUUCACCCCAGAAAGAGGUUCAGAACGGAAGAAGAGUGUGGAGGAGUGUGAGACCUCCCCUGAAUGCAGGAAGGACCUAGGGCCUGCUGAGCCGAAGGCAGAGUCCCCAGGGGGCACUGUUACGUCGCCGGUGUCAGGGGGCAGUCAGGAGCGGAGGUUCAGGCAGAGCCGGAGAUCAGGGAAGCAGUGCAAACUUGCUCUCACCUUCACCAGCCCCACUUCCCCCAGACCACUGGAAUCCCCGCUGGCCGCACCCCACUCUGCCACAAUCACCCCAGAGUCGCCUGCGCCUCGCCACACCCACCGUUCUGCACAGACCGACCCGGGCGACUUUGCCCUGCUCUGGAGACUGGACCGACAGCGGCAGGAAGACGUGACUGCCAUUCUGCCGGACGUGAGGGUGCUUGUGGCGAACUGCACCCAUUUCCAGCCUGGACCACUGGAGCCUCCCACUCCGCAGGUGGUGCCAUACCGCAUGGUGCACGAUAAGGGGACCCAGGUGGAGGAGCAGGACCUAGUUGGCAGCGACAGCAGCAAGGUCCAGGACCUGCAGAUCCUCUGCCGCCACUUCAAGCUGGUGUCCUCUGACACUCUGGAGGACCUGUAUGAUAAGUGCCACCAGGACAUCGAGUGGACCACCAACCUGCUGCUGGACUCUGGAGAGGAGCUCUUCAAGGAUGACGAAGAUGACCCCCCCCGGAGUGAGGAGGAGCAUCCUGCCCAGAGAAGCGGACUUGAUCCAAAAGCAGAUUCACCCAAAGUCUGUGGGGAGAGGGAUACUCCCAUCUUGCUUGGUGCAGAGCAAUUGAAAGGGCUCCCUGACCCUGAGAGCCAAGGUGUGGGAGCAGAUGGGAGUUUUUUGUUGGUGGAGACACAUCCUGUCCCUGAGGAGAGCCCUGCUCCUGAGGAGCCCACAGUUCGUGCUCAGUGCAGCAGUGGGUUGGUGGAACCAUCCCUGGCAGCUGAGGAGAACUCCACUGACCUCGCCAAUCCAGGGGAGCUUUCUAUAGGCCAACCCAAAGGGGAACUGGAUGCCCCCACACAGCUGCUGAACUCCAGAGAAGCAGAGGCUGCUGGGGGGCUGGCAGUGGGGUCCGAGUACCAAGCCGACCCUCCUCAAGAGGAAGGAAGUGCCGCACUCCUCCUAGAGGAGGAACAGAGCAAGGAACCGGGUGACCUACCAUCCCUAAAUAAGAUGACUUGGUCCCUGGUCUCCCAGCUGCAGGAGAUGAACAGGAGGGACAGACUGGAGGAGCAGAAGGAGAGGGACAGGGAAAGGGAAAGGGAGGGUGCAAAAGAGAGAGCGGGCCAAGCCAAGCAGGACCACACGGCCCUCAACAUCCAGUCUCUGGAGCUGAAGCUUCCUGCUGAACUGGCCUUCCAGCUCAGUGAGCUCUUUGGACCUGUAGGCAUCGCCCCAGGCUCGUGGUCCCCAGAGGACUGUUCGGUCCAGAUCGACCUGAACCUGGCUCGGCUCCUGCACCAGAAGUGGAAGGAAACGAUCCAAGAACGCCAGCUUCUGGAAGCACUCUCUUACCACCUUCUGCAGGAAAGCUCGGAACACUGGGGAGAGUCUCAGCCAACCAAGGGUGCCCCCACAGACGGGGCGUCGGCCUCCCACUUCCUGUUUGGCACCGAUGGCUUUCCAUCCCUCAGCCAAUCGGAAGCGGCAGCCCAGAACGUCCCCUUCAUGGACCACUGGAAUGCGCCCCAGAGCCACGUGUCCCUACGGGACAUCAUGCUGGAGGAGCAGGUCCUGCAGGAGCACAUGGAGAAGUCCAGAGAGAGUCAAGCAAAGGGCCGGAAGGACGGCGCCGCCCUGCUGAAGGAGCAGCAGCUGUACUCCAUGUUCCCCAACAUCGACCGCCACUUCCUCCACGACAUCUUCAAGGCCCACAACUACUCCCUGGAGCAGACCACGCAGUUCCUCACCUCACUGCUGCACGAGGAGCCCGUCAGGACUGUGGUGGCCUCGGACACGGCCCCGCCCAGUGACGCCCAGAGGGCCCGCAGUAACGAACGGCAGCCCUUCUGCCGCCCCACACAGAGGCGGAAGGGGAAGGAGGCGGCGUCAGUGGAGUUCCAGGACACGCAGGACCCGGCCUACGAGGACUUCCGCACGGAGGCCACGCUGCAGAGGCGCAAGCAACAGGAGAGCUUCAGCAAGGCCGCCGAGGCCUACAGGCAGGGCAUGAAGGACGUGGCCAGCUUCUACGCACAGCAGGGCCACCUCCACGGGCAGAAGAUGAGGGAGGCCAACAACCGUGCAGCCAUGCUGAUCUUUGAGCGGGUCAACGCCACGCUACUGCCAGAGAACAUUCUGGAUCUGCACGGCCUGCAUGUGGACGAAGCGCUCUUCCACCUACAGCGGGUUCUGGAGGAGAAGACCGUCGAGUGGCAGCAAGGGGGGUGCAGACCUCAACUGUCAGUCAUCACCGGAAGGGGGAACCACAGCCAAGGGGGCGUGGCCAGGAUAAGGCCCGCAGUCAUCGACUACCUCACCACCCGCAAAUACACGUUUACGGAGCCAAAGUGUGGACUGGUGCUGGUCACUCUACACUGAAAGGGGCCUGAACCACAGCUGCUAAUAUGUACAUCUCUCUCUUUUUGUAUAUAGAUUUGUAUAUUUGUAUUUGUACACAGAAACAGCAGUUAUUUUAUACUCUCUGAUUUUACUGAACUGUUUUAGAAUACUGUUAUAGCUGGAUAUGAGUAUAUUAAGUUGAUGUAUGCCUGUGUGUUAAUACUGAAUGUAAGUUUUGCCAUUUCUUCUGGGUACAGUUUUAAAAUGGCAGCUACAAGGAGCAUUUAUCUGGGGCCUUGACUUUCCAUGCCAGUUUUACAGAGAGAAUUUGCUGUUAUUUAUCCUGGUAGUUUUCAGUGAAUGCAGCAGUGAUUGAUUUAAAGUAUGUCUUAUUCUGUUCAGCGCAGAAGGCAUUGAUGGUUUUAGGAACCCAGAGUUUUGAAUCUUUACAUUGCACUACUUAUGAAAAAAGACUAAUUUAUAUGUAUGAAAAAAAUUCAUUCUUAUUUUUAUGAGUAUUUUUGUGAGAAUUAAAAUUAUUACUGUUAUUCCUGAUAAUUGAAAUGCUUAAAUGUGUUAUAAAGAGGUUCUAGAAGUAUAAAACAGAUUGAGCUCGACUUUAUACACUGUUGUAAUGAUUGACAGCUGUCACUUUGACCGUAUAUGGGCCCACACCAGUGUUCACCUCUGUGUAAUUGAUCUCUUGACCCAACAGCAGCUUUUGUUGGUAUUGCUGAUUUUCUGUUGAACUAUCCAAAGUAGCCCCUUAAAUUCAUCUUCUCCAAAACCCUUAGUCUUACCUUGACGUUUGUUUUUUCUUUUUGUUUUUUUAAAUGCUUGGAAUGCUUUUGUGGAUUUGACCUAAUUUAUACUUCAUAAGGUUGAAUAAAAUUUUACUUUUACCGCGACAAAGCUAAUCACAGCCUUCCUAUGUGUGUUUUUUCAGUACAGUUUUAUGAGAUGGGAAAUAUAUUUUAAGAUUUUAUUAUUUUUUUUUUUACAUCUGUUUAGAAAUAAAAAUGAUGAUAAAUGUAUUUA